AUGGCUCAAGUUCACCAGAGCCCUCCUGUUACUCAGGCCGACACUGUCAACGAUCCUGAUGAAACGCACAAGUCUGGCGGACUUCGUGCUAAGCUGAAGCAGAAGCUAUUUCAUCAUGGCUCGCAGAAGGGUGAAUCGAGCGAAUCCCACAACUCUGCGGAUGGACCCAACGAAUCAGGAAAGCAAGACUUGAACGACGGCGACUCCGGCGCAGAAGUACUUGGCCUCAUGCGGACACGUACGAACUCCAACGAAUCACCUUCUGCUCGUAAAGCAAGUCCAGCCCUCGAGAGGCACAUCACCGCCAUCUCAGAAAGUGACGACGAAGACGAGCCUGAGACAGGACAUGACCUGCCACCAAAGUUGAAGCGUCACAUCUCAAGCGUGCCGGUCGAUGAUUACGACAGUGAGGAGGAGCAGCCAGCACCAACGCCUGCUAAAGUGCAGAAGCAGGAUUCUGGAAUUGCUGGGACCGACUUCGAGGAAGUCGGGAUCAUGCGCAUUCCGAGCGACGAACUUUCGCCACCAGGUGCAGACAAGAGUCCCCAGGUAUCUGAACACAUCUCGACUAUACCGAAGAGUGACGAACCAAGACGAAAGAGUCCGAUGAGCAAGCUGGAGAGGACCAUCUCUAGCAUUCCGGCAGAUGAUUAUGACAGCGAUGCUGACCAGGCUAGCUAUAAGUUCAAGUAG